UUUAUAUACAAAUGGUUCAAAAGGAAAAUUUAUGUUUCUCUAAGGGUAUUUUAGACUUUCACUGCACCAAAUUGCAACGCCUUAGGGCUCCUCUUCUCUUUAUGAGAAGCAAAAAUUUGAUUUUUGACUGCAGAAACCAAUUACUCUGUGGAAGGGUGACAAUCGCAAAAAGCUCAGAUUUUGCUGCGAAGCUUCAAUUUGGACAAAGGAUUGCGAUGGACACUAUUAAACAAGAAAAAGUAAGGAGAUUUGAGGAGUUUAUUGAUCGCCGUCUGAAACCAGAUCUUGUUCAUGCAAUUGCUGAACGCUCUGAUUUAAGACGUAAUAUAGAGAAUUUGGAGAAGAACAAUGUAACUAAUCUGAAGACAUUGGUUAAUAUUGGCUCUGAAGUAUACCUGCAAGCUGAUGUCCCAGAUACAACACGCAUAUUUGUUGAUGUUGGACUUGGAUUUCAUGUGGAGUUUACUUGGUCAGAAGCUCUAAAUUAUAUAUCAGCAAGGGAGGAGAAACUAGCCAGGCAAAUAGAGGAAUAUACACGUCUAGUUGCAUCAAUUAAGGCCCAGAUCAAGAUGGUUUGUGAAGGGAUCCGUGAGUUGCUCCAGAUUCCACCAGAACGAGCUUACUAAGGUGUAUACGUCUUAAAUUGCUAAAGAAGAGGGGAUUUACCGCGACAAGGGACCCAAAAAGUGAAGAACAAAGCCAACAUAAUCUUCUAUCCAUUGAAAGAGCAGUGCAGAUUUUAAAAUCCUUUACACUAACACUAGUAAAAUGUUAGUGUGUUUCUGUAAAGUUUUGUUUUGUUGAGAUGCAGUAAAAUGAGUUGGAGGCAGAUUCAACCAUUGAUGUCUGACCCUCAUUUUAUAUUGUUCAUUUACCCUCAUUUUAUAUUGUCCAUUUUAGUGGUUGAGUUAGAUCAAAUGUUCAUAUCGUUUCAUACGGAAUCAUUGUAUCAUGAGAUCAAAUUCACAGUCAAAGUUAAAUUGUACGGGGUUAUUAUAUCAUGAGAUUAAAUUUAAUGUCGCGGUUAAAUUGUAUGGAAUUAUUGUAUCAUGAAAUCAAAUUCAUUGUUGAGGUUAAA